AUGCCUGUACGUAGAAGAUCUACCAAUACUGCCACUAGUAAAAAGAAACAAAAAAGCACUUUAGCAAAGGAAGUAAAAAAGAAACAACAAUCAAGGACCUCUUCUACUUUAGCUAAUACAAAGCCUGUAAUAACAGUGACAGAAAAUAAUUCUACACCAGAGGAAAUUCUUCAUGCUUCAUGGAAAUUCAUUACUGCCUUUCAAUUCUUUUAUCUUUUCAGAUCUUAUUUCAAAAUCCCUACUUCAUUUACUAUUGAAAGAUUAGAGCAAUUACUCCUUUCUCAGCUAGAUUUAGAGGACGAUACAUCAAGUAUUAUAACAAAUAGCAGUACACAAUCGCAAAAACGAGGAUUGCAAUAUACGAUUGCUGAUUUUAUGGCUUGUAUUUUAAAUCCACUAACACGUCAACAAGUCAAUAAUGAAAAUUACGAAGAUCAUGUGCUAAAAUUAUUUCCUGAAUAUUCAGAUCGAUUUUCAAAAUUACCUAUUAUGGAUAAAAUCAACUUAUUAAAGACAAUUGAACAUUCUCAUUUGAAUGCUGGGGAAGAAAGUUUUAUGGCAUAUCGAAAUGAAACAACACCAGAGUCGAUAAGAAUGAAUCCAUUAGGUAAAGAUCAUGAAGGAUGGACGUAUUGGUAUUUUGGAGGUACUCGAUUAUAUAGAGAAAUAUCACCUCGAAUUUUAUCUAAAAAGAGCUAUCAAGAGUUACCUAACUUUACUUUUGAGCUGGUAUGUUCAUCUAUUGAAGAAUGGCACAAGAUUGUCAAGGAUUUUCAGGCCCGUACUUCAAAUCGAGACUUGGUUACACAUAUCUGCAAGAUUGGUCUAGAAGUGAUAGACAAACUAGAAGCUCGUGAAGCAGCACGUUUACGAAAUGAAGCUAAACUUAAAAAAAUAAAAGAAUUAGAAUUAUUACCAAGAAAACGAAGUCGACGACUUGAAGUAAAAUCUGAAGAGAAUGCUAAGCGACAACGUUUAUUAGAAAUCGAAAGACAGAGAAUUGAAUUGGAAGAGAUAGAAAGAAAAAAGCAGCUUAUGGAAGCAAAACUGCAAGCAGAACAAGAAAAACGGGAUUUAAAAGUGGGGGAAGCAAGAUUAAAAAACGAAGUUUAUCACUAUCUUUCACGAUUAAUUUCCGAGGCUGUAGAUAGAGAAGAAGCAAGAAGACUAAAGGAAUUGAGAAAUCAGACUAAUAAGAACACCACAGAUAAGGAAAAGCUUAUAAAAAUGCAAGGAUGGAUAAGAUUGUUAGAUGAAAAGGUAACUGUUGACUAUAAUGAAGAAAAGCUUCGAUUUGUAAAUGAAAGGUUAAAUGAAGACAGACACUAUGAACUAAACAAAAUCAUAAAAGUGCUUGAAUCGGUUCUUUUCAAGAAUACAUUACGUGUUUAUUUAAUAACCCUAAUGAGCCAAAUAGAGCCUAAACGUGAUAUCUAUAAAAAAUUAGAUCAUAUCUAUAAAUCACUUUUAUUAAAUCGAUAUAACAAUAUGGAUUUAUUUUGUACUGAUUUGAAUAAUACUUUAAAUAUUGCAAAGGAAGAUAAAGAAUUUUAUGAUAAUUCUGUUCAGCUUUUAUUAUCUAUUUUUAACACAGAUAAACAAGAAAGCCAUGAACAUGAAAAGAUGAAUCAUCUUAAUUCAACCUUAUCAUUAGAACAAACAGAAGAAGGCAGUAGUGUGUUAUCUAUAGAAAAUAAUUUUAUAUAA